UACCCAUAAGACCCAGGAGCUGCACAGCGGUCCUACUCUUAGUAGUGUCGUUGGAAACUCGAUACAAGUAGUAAUUAAGAGUCAUUCUGCUUGAUGGAUAUUAAAAUGACUAUAACGGAGAGAGGAUAGCUCGAGCAUCUUAUCAACGACCUUUGCCGGCCUUAUGCUUGGGUUUAUGGACCGUUAUAUAUAGCAACUAGCGGCACUGAGUGGCACCUCAUCAUCCCCACAGAUUCAAUUCUUCGUAAGCUCCAACGCACUCACUACUUAGACUUGCCUUUCUUCAUCCUCUUUACUGGAUCCACGAAAAUGAGUACUACUGACCAAACAUCUAAUCCGUUCAAUGAACUCAUUGCGGAAUGCCACAAUGACCCGACACGACUCCAAGCUCGCUACGAAGCCCAUCGAACCAAUCGAAACAUCCAACAAAAGGAACGGCUGCUCGAUCCCAGUUUCUCCGGUUGGCAGAUCGACGAUAUUCUUGCACGCCUGCAUGAACAAGCAAACAACGAACAAGGUAGCACUGCGACAGCACCGUUCAUUGACCCGCGACACAGCUUAACCAUCCUCGCUCGUCCACCGCAGCAUAUUCGAGACCUAGUGGCUGAGAUCCAAAGAGAGAUCAGGGAUGUUGCUCCUAGCCUCUGGUUUACACCUUCAGACUAUCUACACAUGACUACCCUGGAGAUAGCUAGUUGCCGGACGGAACCAGAGAUAGAUGGCCUGGUCACUCGUCUGCAGCGCAGUGGGAUCAUACCGCAGUUGACGGACUGCACCUUCCACCAUCGCACACGGCUAUUCAAGCCGGUGAUUAGCUACGAUGCGACGGCAAUGGCUCUGAGUUUUGUCCCUGAAACUGGUGGGGAUAUGAUGGGCCAUGCCCACGAGAAAGAAGGCCACGAUGAUCAGUAUACUUACCACCAUCUACGAAGAGACGUCUCCGCGCAGAUUGCGGCAAUCGGACUGCCCAUGAAGCCCAGGUACAUUGCUCCGUCGGCGCAUAUCACCAUCGCACGAUUCAUCACUCGCGAGGGGUUCUUGCUGGAGACGCCUGGUCCAGCCGGGGUGGAACAGGUCAAUAAAGAUCAAAUUGCCUUACUGAUUCGAAAAUUUGAGUCAAUUAAUGAGAGGCUCCGGGCGGAAUAUUGGCCCAGUGAACGAGAGCCCAUACCUCGGAAAGGCGAGUGGAUCGUGGGAGAGGAGCGAGGGCUGGAAGUCUGUGUUGGGAGGUCAUUCUAUGGAGGCGGAGAGUGUGCCCAUGUAGGGAAAGGCUUUUGAGAUACUAGGUAGAGACUCAUGAAGUAGACACCGAUAGAGGUUGCCAACCUUCAGUUGAAGUCAUCGGGGUAAUUAGUUAUGGUCUGUUUCAUACCAAUGGUUGAAAUGAUAACAAAAGCGGAAGAGGGCCCGAUAGCUAUAGUUGCCUGAGGCAUGAUACAGUCAGUCUUGGCUGCUGACACACAAACGCGGUUAGGCCGCACCCUAAGCGAACGAAAUCCCACAACCCACCGCACCGCC